GUAUAGGAUGUAGAGGUGCGGGACGGCAGUAUUCGCGGCCCAGUGCCGCCGGACGCACGCGGCGAGCUGACACGCUCCGCAUAAAAAAAUAACCAAAAAAACUACCAAAAUUCUUUUGUUUUUUUGACUACCAACCCUAAUUCUAAAUUUAAAAACUAAAAUUCCAUUUUCAAAUUAACCUUUAGUGUAUUUUCCCCCCGAAAAGCGCAUUGCAGUAGCGGUUUAGAUCGUCGAAUGUUUUGAAUUGUUACACUCGUACCGAAAAAUUCCUUUGGCUCAAUGUAUCCUUCGUCCUUCCCAAGAUUUUAUUUCUGUUAUUCUUCAGAGAAUGGUUUGGAAUAAGUGUGCGAUGUAAUUUCGUCAAUUUGGGAUGCCUUGUUGUGGAUUAUGACGGGUUAAAUCAAGCGGGAAAAAUCUAAUAAGGGGACAAUGGCCGGCUCCCGCGAGAGAUUGCUCUAUGAAAGGAGGCCUGAUUACGAAUAUGAAUACGAAUUCAGGCGCCGAUAUGAGCCGUACGACCGGGAGAGCCACAGGGACACCAAUCGAUACCGGCAGGAGAGACGGCGGGAUCUACACGACCGACCUCGACGCAAGAACGGCUAUGUGUAUGAAGAUAUAUACUCCGAUUUCGACGAAGCACAGGGUCGAUUAUCUCUGUUCAGACCCAUUAGGCCUGAGUACUUGAACCUCCCGACGACUUACGACAUUAAGUACAACUCACUGCCGAGGAAUUAUUAUAACUACGAAGACAGGAACAAUCGGAGGUACAAGAAGGAUCAUUACGAUUUUAGAAUCGAAAACGAGAGACGAACGCGGGAAUCUUAUGAAUCUUAUAGAAAGGCUGUCGAAACUAGACCAAAAGAUACUAUUCCGAAUACAAAAAAUCCGAUAGUUUUAACAACAAGUAAUUCUAACAAAAAUACUUUGAAUGCUCCAACGAAUUCAAGUUUAAAGCAACCGAAAAACGUUGCGAUAUGCAAGCCGCAUCGUAUAUCAAGCAAGAGUGCUCAGUACUGGACGACUGACUCGCCCGAGAGAGGCCGACCUCGGCCGAAGAAGCCCGAAGAGCCGAAAAAGAACGUAAAAUUUUCCGAAGUGUCUGGUUGUAACAGAAAGAUGGUGGUCGACGAUCCUAUUUGCGGCAGGAAAUUGGUACCGGUGAGAGAAUUGGAGGUUUCCUUGGACCAGAUGAUACAGAAUGGUUAUUUUGAGAAGCACAACAUUCCGAUAUCGAAGCCGGUGGAGGGGGGGAUGAAGGAAGAGAUAAAAGCGGCGGGCAGCGCCGUGCCAAACGGGAAGUGCUUAUCGGGCAGCGGGAAGGAAAACCUACCGCCGAGGAAAACAAGACAUCUGCCGCAGGUGCUAGCAGCUCUCGCAGUAUCCUUAGCCCCGUUCUCAGCAGGUCUCGGCAAGGGGUACAGCUCACCAGCCAUAGCCUCGCUGCAAGGACCUGGCGCUAACGCCACGAGGAGGGACUUUCAGCUGACUGAUCAGCAAGCGUCUUGGCUGGCUUCGCUGUCUUUCCUUGGUGCCCUCUUCGGCGGCAUGGCAGGUGGAGCCGCGAUGCGCCACGGGCGUCGCCGCGUGCUCUCAUUGGCUGCGGCACCUUGCAGCCUGUCCUGGCUUCUCACGACGGUAGCCACGUCAGUUCGGAUGAUGUGCAUCACUGCAUUCCUGGGGGGAUUCUGCUGUUCUAUAUUGACUAUGCUGUCUCAGGUAUACAUCAGCGAAAUAUCAGUUCCCGACAUCCGCGGCUGCCUCAGUGCUGUGCUCAAGAUAGUCGGCCAUCUUGGCGUGCUCUUCAGCUUCACCAUCGGUGCCUACCUCGACUGGCAGCAGCUCGCCUUAUGCAUAUCCGCUGCCCCUCUACUUCUCUUCUGCACAGUCCUAUACAUACCUGAAACACCAAGCUACCUCGUCUUGACAGGAAAAGACGAGGAAGCCUACAAAAGUCUCCUAUGGUUACGCGGCCCGAACUCUGAUGUAGCCCAGGAGUUGGCAACCAUACGCACAAAUGUUCUCGCCAGCAAGAACUUCAGUCAAAGACAGAGCCAAAUGUCUGGCAGCCAGCUCCUCAACUCAUUUGAUGUCAGAACCAUGAAUAGACUCUUAGGACCAAUUUUAGUGACUUGCGGUUUAAUGAUGUUUCAACGGUUUUCUGGCGCGCAUGCGUUCUCGUUUUACGCUGUCCCGAUAUUUAGGAAGACUUUCGGUGGGAUGAACCCUCAUGGGGCUGCUAUAGCUGUGUCAUUUGUUCAGCUACUGGCUUCGUGCCUCUCCGGCUUGUUAAUUGAUACAGUAGGACGUCUCCCGCUUCUUAUAGUGAGUUCUGUCCUAAUGUCAAUGGCAUUAGCGGGCUUCGGAAGCUACGCUUACUAUGAAGAGGUUCACCGUAAUCAGAGAAUUCAGAACGUGAUGUUCCAUCAGACUAUAGGACAGAAUGACUGGAUUCCUCUGCUCUGUGUGCUUGUGUUUACUAUAGCUUUUUCUUUGGGCAUGAGCCCUAUCUCUUGGCUGUUGAUUGGAGAACUAUUUCCAUUGGAGUACAGGGCGUUUGGCAGCGCAAUGGCGACGGCAUUUAGCUACCUCUGCGCUUUUGUUGGUGUCAAGACCUUUGUAGACUUCCAGCAGACCUUGGGAUUGCAUGGUGCAUUUUGGUUGUAUGCCUCUAUAAGCGUUGGGGGCCUCUGUUUCGUGGUCUGCUGCGUCCCUGAGACUAAAGGCAAAGACUUAGAUGAAAUGGACCCCAAUUACGUUCAGAGUUUAUCGCCGAAGAGGUAAAAAGUUAAAAUUACUUCGUGUUUACUUGAUAGCUUUUGGGUUAGAAGUAGAUAAUGUAGAAAGGGUUAACAGUAGGAUUUUGGGAUGGAAAACUAUAAAUAUUUGGAAUAUUAAAAGAAUGAGAACACCACGGAACGGCCUUCUUAAUGAAGUUCUAUAAAAUAGGAAUUGUCGUGUAAUAUAGGCUAGAUAAAGUAAGAUAGAUCCCUAUAUUUAAAGUGGCUUAAAGAAUGCAAAGUUUUCAAGUAAACACGAAGCGUUGACAAUAAUUGUACGUAGGAACAAAAUUAUAUCGAAUCCACCGCGAAAUUUUGGCUGUGCUUUUAAACAUUUUUUAAUAAAAAUACGCCUCAUAAUUUUAUGGUGGGCUAUCUUAAUCUUUAGAAACUUAGUGAAAGAUGAAAAUACCAGAUAUUAUACUCGCAUAUCCUCUAAUCCAUAUCUAAAUAGUUUGAUUUAAACAUAGUUUCUUUAAGAUUGCAGUGGUCCAUACUUUACUUCUCUAACUCUCCUUAGAGAUAUUUAAAAGAAAAUAGAUGAAAAAAAAACUAAAUAUUUCCCAAGUUCUCGAGAAUAGCGAAAAUAUCUUAACUAUACUGGUUAAUAUUUUAUCGAGCUUUCCUAUCUUAACUACGACAAUAAUUAAUUAAGACAAUAAAUAAUUAUUAAUGACAAUAUAAUAAUUAUUUAGCUCAGAGACGGUUUGAUUAUUAUUAUCAGAAUGAUAAAUAAUAGGUCGAUAUAUUUGAGUGAAAUAGAAAAUGAUGGGGUGACAUUAGAUAUUCAUAUUAUAGUUAUAUAUUCUGGAACUUAAUAAGCUUCAUCGGGAUUUUUUUCGCACUAAGUGAUGGAUGUAUUUAUCGCAAAACCAUGUAAAUAUUUAUUU